CGCAUUUUAGAGGAAGCUUCUCGUUGCACCACGUGGGGCUGAAUUCAUAAAAGCCGCUUUCUAAUUAACUAAUGAAACAGUUGAGCUACAGGAGUUGCCUUAACAAGCUCUAACAAGGAGAUUGCUCCCCCCCCCUUUUUUUGGGGGGGGGAAAAGGCUGUGUAUUUUUUUUUUUUUAUCACAGCCUCAUCCUGAUUUUACAAUCAACUUGCAUCCGUUUUAUUUCAGAGAAGUGUGCAUUUCCUAGUACAAGUCCUCAUUUGAUCAGCAUCUGUUUGAAUCAAAUGUCACCUUUCCACCCUUUCUUGCACCUCGAUCCAGUUCCCAUGCAUGCGCUCAUCAUCUCUCUAUCCUUUUUCUCUCUCCUUCUGCUCACCCUGCAGUCCUCACGCCCCAGCCAACCCCACCCCACAGCUCCCCAAGAUAGAGCCCCCUCUCUUAGAGAUUCCUCCGCUGGCGUUCCCCCCCGUGGACCCCGCCUCGGGUCCCAGACUGGUCAAAUGCGAGAGGUGGCCGCUCCUGGGGCGCGAGGACCCCAGAGAGCCGCCGGACCCCGUUGACUAUGAAAGCCUUGACCCGGACUUGGAGAACGACGACAUGUUCACCAGGCGGACCCUGUCGUUUCAGGCCAACGCGGGCCUGGCCGCGUUCAAGACCCGGCCCCCCGCCAGGCGCAGGCUCCACUCCUCCGAGCCGCUGCUCAAUAUCGUCACGCAGCAGCACCUCCAAAUAGACGCCGACGACAACGACUUCCCGGACAUCGAGCGGGACGAUGUCGUUUAUCGGAAGGGGAAAACUCUGCGGGCUCAGCAGCGGCGGGCGCUCUCAGGAGCCCCGGACAACUACGCCCCCAUGCGCAUCCCGGAGCCCUGGGCCCUCCCUGCUGAGCUCAGAAGCAGACUCCUCUGCCCCCCCUGCCCUCUGACCCGGGAAGCCGCCACAACUGAACAGGACCAAGCUAGGGAGGAGGCGCGUCCAGAGGAGGAUGACAUGCUGGUGCGGAAGCUUCGAGAUUAUUCCGAUCAGAGUCAGCAGAGAGGCCCGUCGGCUGGUGACGGGACUCCCUCGGUGCCCUCCUCCCGUAGUGAAGGCGACCUGCAGAGGUGGCAGGCGAUCAGAGAAGCCUGUCAGCUAAGAUACAAGAGGAGGCUUUUAGUGGAAAGGCUGAAGGCACUGAAGGUGUAGAAGCAGGCCGACGUAAAACUUCAGGUUUUGUCCCUUACUAUGCACCGUUUUAGACUCGUAACCCUUACGUCAGAUGCUACGUCGUUUCUGGUUAAGAAUCAGUCGGAGAGGGAAUUUCUGUUCAGUCCUCUUUUGUAAAAUCAGUAGCGGCUUCUUUAUGUCACUGGAUCACUUUAAAACAUGUUGUUUUAAGCCAUAUAGUUGGAGAUGUGGUGAGAUUUGCUGUAGAAACACUUUAGGAAGUUAACUUGGUUCUAGGCAUGGGCCGGUAUGAGGUUCACACAUAUUCAUCACGUUGAGUGAAAACACGACGGUGAGAUAGGAUUUAUACAAAAAGCUGGAACCAAAAUUCAUAAAAUGGUCUAAUUGCUUUGAUUUGAACCUUGUUUUUGUUGUUGUUGUUAUUAUUAUGUUAUCUAUUGUAGUUAUUUAUUUUGAUGAGUAGGCUUAAGCAAAAAUACAGAACAUCAGUUUACAUUUAGCCACUUUUGAUGAAUUGAUCACAUUUGGUGCUUACUGCACUGAAUUUUGUGUGUUUUUUGUCUUUUGCCUCUUUAAAGAGUGACAUGAAUGCAACUAAUUGAUAUUAGCUGUUUAAUUAGUUGGGUGAUUGACUUGUAGGCAAUAAUGCAAUAUUUUUCCGAGAAUGUAAGAAAGUUUUAGGCCCAAUAAAAAUAAUCAAAGAAAGUAAUGUGUGCCUUUUAACGUAUUAUACCAUUAUCGGUUGCUGCUAUUACAUUCAGAAUUACUUCUUUUUUUUAACACUGCACCAAUAAGGUAAUAACUUUUAUUAUAUUACCGGGAGUUUUUAUUGGCUCUAAAAAUAUGUGUUACAUUGCUGAGGAGUUAUUAAAGUUUUAUUACAAUUAGGCCAUAAUUCUCAAGUUUUUUGUUUUAUCGUCGACAGUCAACUGCUUCCAGCUUUAGUUUUAAAUUAGCUUUACCUCAGUAAGAGACUGACUUUCCGGGUUUGUUGUGGCUUAAAGUAUUUCAAACAAACAAUUGUGUCUUUCUUGAAAGCGAGGGAAAAACUUACAGCCAGCUGAAGGGGAACGGCAUCGUUGCCUUACUCUCUUUUUUUCUGGCAUCCUAGAAAGCAUUUGAAAGUAUUUUAAAUCAAAGCAGUGGUAUGAAUUAAAGGUUUAAUGGCUUUAAACGUGUGAUUUUAAACGCUUGAUCUACCCCGAUACCAGUAACUACCCUGUGACUAGUUUCAAAAAUUGUUUCCACUAAUAGUGAGAACAAAAAGCUUAUUGUUCUGAUGUAAUGCAAUAAGGUGGUGUUUCACAGGUACAGUGGACUCCCUGGUUAUGCAAUAAACUUACUGCUCCUGUCUGUGGUGUGAUUCAUGAUCAAACCCCCCAAAAUAUCUCCUUGAACAGAAAGGAUUUGAGAAAUCCUGUGCAAAACCGAUCCAAAUGGUGUCAUCUUUAGUUUUUUGCUUUCUCGGAAGUCCGAGUUUGCCCGUGAAUUGUAAAUGUGUAUAUAUUUAUGCUUAAUAAAGAACGAAACACCUUCACAUCUUUGCCUUGGACUGACUUGAGCGCGCUAACUCUUCGAGCCACGGAUCUGACCCGAGUUCAUUGUCGUUAGCCCCCCGGCUGAAGAGAACUUCACGCCAACGCGCCAAACUCGCAGCGCAGCAGCAAGACGGGGCCGAGGCAAAUACGACACGGUCACUGCAACAAGCCACGCAGUUUAACGUGCGCCAACGUCAGGGAGUGUAGAAAUUUCCCACGGCUCUGCAGGUACAUGCAACAUGUGGACGCCCAUUCACCGGAGCAAAACGCGCACACAAUGCGACCAUUUAAGCCGAGUCGAGCUCAUCUGGGUUUACUUAACUUAACGGCCAUGUGUGAAGUUAUUUUUUUGCUUUGCAUCAUGGAGGCUGUAGAGAGGCUGCAUUGUUUGGAGGGAAAACCCAACCACAGGCACACCUGUAGCUCUAUAAACCAGGAAGCCCCACACAGUAGAGUCAAUGGUGGCUCUUGUGUGAGUGGGGCUCUGGGCAAGCAUCCCCCCCGCUGCCCUGCAGCAGUAUAAAAUGCAGGAGUUUAUCUUAGAUUAGGCAAAGUAGGCUAGUGUUUCUUGGGAUUUACCUGCUUAGGAAGUGCAACUCGCCAUCAAAUGGACAUCCAUAAAGGCAAUAAAAAACUUGAAUUUAGCAGAAGUGAUAAUUAUUAUUUUUUUACCUGUCGUUCAUGUCUUCCCUUUUUAUUGCCGCCGGAGGCAACAGCUAGUUUGUCCUGUUUAUUAAAAAAAAAAA